AUGGCAACGCCGAAUACACCAUUUACAACACCGGGCGAACCACUUGGAAAUGACGAUGGGAUAAUUUCAAGAAAAUUAGAUACAAUUUGUUUAUUCGAUGUGGAUGGAACAGUAACUAUACCACGACAAUCGAUAACACCGGAAAUGGAUAUGUGUCUUCAAGAAGUUAGAAAGAAAUGUCUCAUUGGUCUAGUUGGAGGAUCGGAUAUUGUGAAAAUUGCUGAACAAAUCGGAGGAACACAAGCAAUUGCGAAAUACGAUUAUGUUUUUGCUGAAAAUGGUCUCGUUGGUUAUAAAAAUGGAGUACAAUUUUUCGAAGAAAAUAUUCAAAAGUAUGUUGGUGAUGAUGAUUUACAAACACUUAUUAAUUAUUGUCUAAAAUAUCUAUCUGAAAUUCGUCUACCAUUUAAACGUGGAACUUUUAUUGAAUUUCGUAAUGGUCUUAUCAAUGUUUCUCCUGUUGGUCGAAAUUGUACACAGAAAGAAAGAGAUCUAUUCGAAGCUUACGAUUCCGUUCAUAAGAUUCGCGCAACAAUGAUCAAAGAUCUCGAAGAAAAAUUUGCUCAUCUAAAUUUAGUUUAUGCCAUUGGUGGAAGUAUCAGUUUCGAUAUCUUUCCAGAAGGUUGGGAUAAACGCUAUGCGAUAAAACAUUUAGAAAAAGACAAUGUUAAAAAUAUCUACUUUUUCGGUGAUAAAACAUUCAAGGGUGGCAAUGAUUAUGAGAUUUAUAAUGAUCCCCGAACAAAAGGUUAUUCGGUGACAAGUCCAGUGGAAACCCGUGCUCAUUUAUGCGAAUUAUUUGGAUCUUAA